AUGUCAAAUGCCUCAUGACACGAUGUGCAAGGACAUUACAAAUGACCAGCACGUAAGCAAGUCUUUGAUAUGAUACAAAGAGACAGCAUGUUUACAUUGUUUCUUGGAAACGCCUUAACAUCCAUUAGGGAAGUGCUUAGCAAUUGUUCUGUUGAACCCUAUUUCAUUUAUGAAUGUAACAAUUGCAGCAUCCAGCCUAACAAUACCUGUCACCAUACAUCACAAUAAUUUCAUCACAUCCUGGACAACAUUCACAUCCCCUGAUUACUUUGCUCAAAAUGUUUGGGGAGGCAAUUUCAAUAAUUUGCAUCUUGUACCAACUUUGUAUCAGGAUUGGUAUUAAAGGGCGGUAAUUUGGAGUGGUUGCGAGGAAAGGUGCCUUGUAGGUUUUCAUAUCCUGGCCAUAGUCUAUAUUAAAAAAAGAGAACAUUCGUGCACUUUUGCCACGCUCUAUGGGGCUAUUGAAAGAACAUCAGCUCAAUGGUGCCUAUCACCAAUAUGGUGUCAUAAAUUAUUACUGAUGUUUUGCUGGUUGUCAUAGUGGUCUAUGUGUAUGGUAAUCCCUCAAAAAUUAAAAAAGAAAAUGCAAUUAAGGAAAUGACUCCAUACCCUCUUCCCGAGAAGUAUUCAAAGAGUAAAAAGAAUUUAACCAUAACAAGUAAAUGCAAUAUUGCAACUUUAAAAGUAGAGUUUGACUCUAAACAGCACAUACCACCUGUUGUCCUCUUAAUGGCAUGCUUUAAGACGUCAUACACUUUUGGAUCUAACGUUCUUGUCAAACAUAAAGAGCUACUCAUGAAGCAAUCAUGAGAGUGGCGAAAAGGACAAUAAGGCUAUGAAAUAUUAAUGUACGGUAUUGUUGACGAAGGGCUCACCGGUCUAGGUAGCUCAUUGUACGUGCCAUCCCGUACCAGGGAGACCUUCUACACCGUACGUGUUUUGAGAUUGUUGUAUUGGAGGAAAAGCAGAAAAGUAAGUGGCAAGGCCGUAGGGCCAGAGGGAUUCGAUAUUAGCGGUGAAGAUGGGGCGUUUGGAACCCCUCAUUGUGAUUGUGGUCUGUACCGCCGUAGUUGUCGUGUGCGGACAACGGUGGCCAGGCCAGGUGACGACUCCGACUCCGGAUGGGUCGCAUGGGCCCUAUCCGUCUCCGGAUGGGUCGCAUGGUCCCUAUCCGUAUCCUGACGGCAGCGAACAGCAGCCUAACGCCACCCACAACUGCCGGGACCACCCAGAAAUCUGCCGCUACCGACAGGAACUCAAGACUUGGCAGGACGGACAACAUGACAACGGGACAGGGAUCUGCCAACCGCUCCAAUCCGUCUACGGACUUUCACCAAUGCGAUUUUGUGCCGGACUUGGCGGCUGUGUUGUUGGCGACGACUGCCGACGGUGGAGUGGUCUUCAAUGUCUGCCAGGCACCGUGUUUUGUCCCGCGACCAACCUCUGCUUACCGACCAACAUGACUAGCUACUGCAUCAACGGCACCACGAUGUGCUCACAGCGUGAGAUAUUCUGCGCCGAGUACGGAAGGUGCGUGCCAAGGGAUAGCAGUUGCCAUGGCGACGGGAAGGGAGUGACUUGUUUACCUGGUCAGGCGUUCAGUUUGGAGUCAGGAAGGUGUGUUUCGACAGAUAAGAAGAAGGGGGAAGUAACAUGUGGUAACCGCGAGGUCUUCAGCGCGGAGCUCGGGACGUGUGUGUCGGCGGCCGUUUUGGACAAGACGCAGGCAGUCACCUGCAGGCCUGGCGAGGUCUUCAGUGCGGACGUGGGGCGAUGUGUGCUUGAUCGCGACACCACGUGGACCGCUUCCUGCGGAAAUGGAGAGGUCUUCAAUCUGGAAGAAGAAAGGUGUGUCACGGUGACCCCCCGAGCUCCGUACAGCACGCAGGGAGGAUCAUGCCAACCAGGGCAGAGUUUCUGCUUGCAGACUGGCCGAUGUGUCCCUGACACGUGUACAACCACCACCACUGUCGACAAGGAGAGAGCUGUUACCUGUAGUGGGAAUGAGGUAUUCUCCAUGCAGGCAAACCGAUGUGUCCAGGUCAUGCCCACAUCCACUACCACCAACGACGACACAGUUACCUGCAGUGAGAAUGAGGUUUUCAACUUGCAGACAGGGCAAUGCACACGUGUCCCAACCGCUGCCAGUAAGGAGGGACCUGUUACGUGCAGUGAAAAUGAGGUUUUCAACUUGCAGACAGGGCAAUGCACACGUGUCCCAACCGCUGCCAGUAAGGAGGGACCUGUUACGUGCAGUGAAAAUGAGUUCUUCAGUUUGGCCAGUGGAGGGUGCGUUGCGCGGGAUCCUGAGAUGUACAAUAGGCCUACCCAAUGUAAAGCCGGAGAGGUCUUUUGCUUGUCUGCUGGGCGCUGCAUGCCUGUUAGUGGUGAAUGUGGUGGUGUAGACGAACAUCGUCCGUCCGCUGAACCCAACUCUCCCAGCGGUCGAGACGACAAUGCCAAACCACCCAUAUGUGGAAGGAAGGAGAUAUUUUGUCUAUCUGCUGGUGGCUGUGUGUCCAAGACAUUUUGUCUACACGAAAGACAGUUUGACCAGCAAACAACCUGUGGGAGUGAUGAGACGUUAUGUUUGUCCACCGAUUCCUGUGUGAGGAAUUGUUCUGAGAGCUGGGAUGACCCCAGGAAACUGCACCUAAAUGAGCAACAGGCAAAUAGCAUGAGUCAGACAGAAGGAGGAAGACCAGGAAACAGGGGCCCUGAGAAAAAUGGCCCAGACGCCAAACCAGAGGGCGGAAAAACGGAAAAGGAAACCGAAUGUGGCCGUCGUGAGGUUCAGGUCCAUGCGCCUGAUGAUGGUGACUGCACAUCUUUGUGUGCUGAGGAAGAUGAGGAUGGGCCAUUUGGAAUCAUCAAGAAGGAAGGUGACGACAUGUUCAAGCUCCAUUUGUGCUACACCAACACGUCUGUCCAACAGCCAUCUCCAGAGGAUGUUGCCGGGGACAGGGGUGAUCAGGGCCUUCGGCUGAAGGACCUGUUCAAAGUUUGCGACCCAACAGGACCAGAAACAUCCACGCAAUGCCUUGCAAACCCACCUGUCCUGGUCGUCAGGUAUGACAGCUCGUAUGCCCUUUCUGCGGUAAAGGAUCGUGCCGCCAAGAUUUCCACAAAGGUGGCUAUAAAUGCUCCCUGGAGGGACCUACGGAUCAGUGGUGCCAGGCUGACUUUGAAUCAGUACAUCAACUUCGAGCCAUCAUCCACCACACGUGGCAGGAUGGGGAUUGACAUCAGCGUACAGAGUGGAGGUCAGCCUGGGGAACAGCAUCGGUUCACAUUUGAGGUAAUUGAUAACGGAGUCAACGACCCCCCAGUCUUUAAAGCGCGGAAAGAGUUUGUGGUGCCUGCAGUGCCAUACGACCUGUCGGGAUGGGACGGGUACACGGUGUCCGAUGUGAUGCGGCACUUUGUGGAUGAUGAGGAGCAGGAUAACGUUGGUGCAGCCGUGGUACUCAACGAACUUCGUUUGAGCGACAUAGGAGUUUGGAGUGUGUCGCUCUCAGGGGACCCUGCGAGGUUUGAGCAGCUCAGACCACCAUCUCGUAACACCCGUGAAGUGACUCAGGGAGUGGAGCAACUUAAAUUGUUCGGUCCUGGUGCCAGGUUGAAAUAUGAGCCGAUUGAGCGUGACAGUCAUUGGAGUUUCAUUGAGGCAAGAAGGAAGACUGGACUGACCAUCCGAGCCUGGGAUGGUACAGCUUUUCAGGGAGGACAAGUCAUCAGUUAUGAUCCAACAUGUCCAUUCUCUGAGGACUGUGGAGGGUCAAACUCCAUCUCCAAGGAAAAAGUCACAGUGGUCAUAGAUCGUGAAGGGUGUGACGGCAGGAGUGGGUCUGGGGUGACCACAGACAGCUGUGGCGUGUGUAAUGGAGAUGGGACAAGUUGCACUGACGUCGACUGUAAUGGCGACAACGGUGGAAGUGCGGUGAAGAACAAUUGCAGUCACUGCGUAGGGGGUAAUACAGGGAGGGCCAGCUCAUAUGGUUUUGACUGUGCCAAUAAGUGUGGCCUGUAUGAAGUUCACGAACUCUCUGGCAAGUGCAUUCCCAAGGGUACAAGAGUAGAUGCAGACUGCGCUGGUUCCUUUAGUCUGGUUAAGAGGGCCUUUGAGAAUGAGUGUGACCAUUGUGUCGGUGGAAGUACUGGGAAAGAUGUGAACUUCGGAAAGAACGAGUGCGGUCAUUGUGACGACACGCGGGACUGCAUCGAUUGUGAGGGUGUUGUGGGUGGAGGGAAAAAAGAGGAUGAUUGUGGAGAAUGCCUUGAUCCAUUGGACCCCAACUUUAACAAAGGAUGCAUCGCGCUGUCCAGUGUGCGCCCAAGGAUCCUGAAGGCUGGUGCAAAGACGACUCUGACCGUGUCUGGAGCAGGGUUGCAACAAAUUGUUAACGCGGAGUGCAAGAUAACAUCAGUCAGCAGGGGAACACAGGGGGAGUUGGACGCUGUUCGCCUCAAACGUAAGGAAUGGAGCAACCAGGCCUUUGACUUGACAUUCAACACCCCCAGAGCUGCAGGUGAAUUUGACCUUAGCUGUGAUCUGAGUGGACGUGACGGCACGCUGGUCACCAAGGCACUGGACCGAGAGAACCGUCUCAUCAUCAUUCCCAGCGAGGGGAUACAGAUCACCAGCGUUCAGCCUGACAACACUGAGAUAGGUGGGGAGGACCCAGUGCCUGUCACUGUUACAGGCCAAGGGUUUGUAGACACAGGUGACGCAUGGUGCUAUGCCGUACACAAGCGAGCAACCAUCCAAGUGCCUGCAGAAAUCACCAGUGCAACACAGGCAACAUGCAGUCUGCCACCUUUGGAGAAGUCGGUUCGCGUUAAGAUUGGAGUGUCCCUGGAAAAACCUGGAGAUGGCAAAAGGAGAGACACCGACGACUACAGUGGCGGGUGGUUCGAGUACAGAACAGUGGCCCCGCAACUUCAGUCUGCACAAUUCUCAGACAACCUCGCCUUGGUGACUGUGGUGUUCGACAAGGCCAUAGAGGGACCGAGAGAUUGUCAGGGACUGUUUGACAGGGCAUCAGCUGGUAAGUUCGGUUCAGCAGUGUGCAGAAUUGUCAAUGGUAACACCAUUGUCAUCAGACUUGGCAAGGAGGCCACCUUGCGUCCAGCAGACCAAGUCACCCUCAAGACAGAUGCAGUCACUGCACGGAGGUCAGAGGCUGGGGCAGCGGCGUCAGGCUCUGUAGAUGUCCUGGGACCAGAAACAGCUCUUGUUCCACGUGUUGAGCUGCUGGGUCCAUCUGAGGUAGAUGCCUGUACCUGUCUGAGGCUGGGGGCCCGGUCUUACAACACUGGUGGCAGGGCUGUUACUCUAAGCUGGACAGUAGAAGUCGAUGAUGCGUCUGUGGAAUUGACUGACUUAAAUGCCCACCUCAGUGGCCUGACCAGCAACAGUCGCAUGCGGCUGUGUAAUGACCAGGGUCUUCUGGAAUCAGACAAAGAGUACACUUUCUGUGUGGCUGUCACAAAUUUCCUGGGUGUGGAGAGCGAACAAUCCUGCCACGUGGUCCAGACGCUGGCGGAGGUCCAACCCUUCACAGCAAGGAUCGCGGGCAGCCGUCGCCGACAGACCGUUGCGGACCGCCGGCUCCGACUUCAGGCAAACGUGAUGACACCACCAGACAGCUGUGAGCAGGAUGUGGACAGCGUUACCAACAACUUGAACUUCAGAUGGGAGGUGGUAGGAAGUACUGACUUCAACUUGGACAGCUUUACUGGCACUGUUGCAUCCAUCACAGGAGGGAUGAAAGGAGGCAAGACCUACUCUGUGCGCUUCAUCGCCUACAGCGACACUCACUCCUCUGAAGACACAGUGGAAAUAGUAGUUCGCAGUAGGGACCUACGGCCUGCUAUUGCUGGCAAGACCAUCACCAUAGGUAGUGAUCAGGAAGUUACCUUGGAUGGAUCCGGAUCACAUGACCCAGACAACGCGGAUGGGGAUAUGUACUUUCAGUGGACUUGUAAGGAGACUGAUACAUCCCUGCCAUGCUAUGUGCAGAGGGAGAACGGAGAACCAGCACCUCUCCCGCUCUCUGACCAGGCAACAACUAGUGUUCAGGGCUCCAUGCUGAAUGCUAACACUUGGUACACAUUUUCCCUGAUCAUACGCAAGGGGAACCGGUCAGCCAGCACUUCCGUGAAGCUGUUUGUUUCGCCGAACGAAGUGCCACAGGUGGAGGUGGACCCAGUCCCCGAGAAGGUCAACCCAGACAGGAGGGUGGUCAUCAACUUCAGGCUGACCACUACUUUGCCGGACACCACAGUCACACUGGAGUGUUUGGAGCAGGAAGGAUACGGUUACGUCGAUUUGGAGGAGGUUACUGCCAAUGGAGAGACGAGCAGGACCUACCCAAAACCUGCCACCAGGCAGCCAGUGAAUGUGGUGAUCCUGCCAGACAGUCUGGCUCCCAACACCCAGUACACCUUUCGCGCCACCGCGGCCCACUCAGGUGGAGAGGCAUACGCCGAUGUUGUCAUUGUGACCAAUGCUGCGCCAAGCCCGGGUGAUUUUCAGGUGGAGCCAAUGGAAGGCACGGCUCUGUCGGACACCUUCACCCUCUCAGCAGAGGGCUGGACCGACGAUGAAGACAAUGCAUUGGAGUAUCGUUUCAGCUACAUAGGACCGGAUGGAAGGUCCGUAUUGCUGAGGGGGCGGACCGAGGACAGCCAAUAUGAGGCCACGCUUCCAGCAGGUACCGGUGCAGAUAACGAGUUGACACUGGUGGUGGACGUGUUCGAUGGGAGGCAGGCAUCCAGUAGGAUGACCUUUGAUGUCACGGUCAACCCUCCCGCUGAAAUCACCAACGACACUGUGGACAAUGUGAGGGGUGAAGUCGUGACAAGUCUCCUUACAGGUGAUGUCAACAAGGCCAUGUCUAGUGUGAUUUCUAUGGUGAAAACUGUGAAGAAAGUUGGCGGCAAUCUCACUGAGGCACUGCAAGAUGUUGUCAACGAACUGAAGGCUGCACUUACCAACAAGAUCACAGAAACCAUUCCUAAUGAUGAAGAGGAAGUGGACAAUGCACUAAGAGGUCUUGCCGGGACCUUUGAUGAGGACAGCAACAUGGGAGAGGAGACCCGAACAAAGGCUAAGGACUACAUCAGUGGUCUUAUCGACGACUUCUACGAGAUGGUUGACGAAGUAUCAGAGAAUAAUAAUGCCAGUAACAAUGGCCAGGACAAGAGGAGGAGGAAACGUAAUGUCAACACCAAUGUCGUGACCACUCCUAUGACGACAACCCAGGUUUCUGACAUGCUUCUAGUCUUUGAUGCCAUGUUGGCCUCCAUUGACGAAAGCAGUCCGGAUGCAGCCACAACCAAGCUCGAAUUCCGCUCCACUGUCGAAUUGGGUAUGGUUGGGCUGUGUCGAGGACAGUCGUAUGGCGGCUCGGCCUCUGUGGCGAUGUCGGGUAACGCGGUGGUGAGGACUGAUCUGACGUUGUUUGACGACAUUGCUGACCAGCAGCUGCUGGCGUCGUGUGAUGGUUGCAGUGGUGACGUCACGGGCACUCCAAAGAUCCGGCUCGGUACGGACGUAGCCUGGGCCUACGAACAGUGGCAGUGCAUUCCAGACUCGUCCACUGUCUGCUAUGGGGCAUGCAUUGGGUCAGCGCAGAUCAAGUUUGACCCCCUGACUGACCCGCUGAGUAGUGAUGUCAUCCGGAGUGACCUGCUGCUGGUUGACCUGGUCAGUCCUCUGUCUGACCUGCGGACCCGUCUGGGCGGGCUACGCGACCCCCUGGUGCUGGACAUCCCUGCCACUGGUGCCAUGCCUGACGACACCUACACUCUGGAGUGUCGACGCUGGGCAGGGAAUGAGUGGACCACUGCUGGCUGCAGCACCAACCUCGUGCCUCGUGAUGUUGACGGAGUGCCUUACGUCACCUGCAGCUGUACCUUCAUGGGAGGCUACUACACGCUCUUUGAGGGUGUGUAUGUGGCACCGACUACCCCUGCCCCAGUCACCCCUCCCCCCGAGGAGAACGAGAUCGAGUUCACGUUUGUGCAGAACUGCAGCGUGGUGACCAGCGGGGACGAGGCCGGCUUCCUCAGCUCGUUCCACAGCUUCAUCGCCGGGAAGAUGAGGGUCUCAACUUCCCGCGUCAAGAACCUGGCAAUCUUAGACGUUGUUGGUGUGGGGUGCAUCUGCACCUAUGACCUGCUGGAGGCCACUGGAACUGAGGACACCAUCAACUUCUACGCAGUGGAUACCAUCGCUGAGAUGAUGUGGAAGGGUAUCCUGGGUGCCAGCUCCCCUAACGGGACCCCGCUGAACAUCUACAGGUCAUCCCUGCUGAAGGAUGGAUUCAUGGUCAACCCAGCAAGGGUAGCUCCUGUCCAGAAGCCUGCCACCGCUGGUGAGAUCAUUGCGGGCCUGGUGUGCGGACUGUUCCUGUUCCUCAUCAUGCUCGGCCUGGCCUGCUGCUUUGCCCGGGCGUUGGUCGGCAAGGCCAAGGUGGAGGCAUCGCCACCAUCCUCUCCUCCAACCUCUGCCCGCCGUGAGGCAUUCGUGGCAGGAGGGUCCUCCCCACCAUCCGGGAAGAUGGAGACCUACCCGAGGAACCUGGAGAAAUCCGGCUUCCAUGUGUGAGAGACAACACCACUGUUACAGGACUUUCACUGUCCCAGAAUGAUUGACAAGGACGACCUUUGAAGAAUAAUGCCUAUUUGCAUGUUACUUAUAUUUGAAUAAUUUAACAUCAACUUAUUUGCAUGCUUGCUCUAUUGUUCAGAAAAUGAUUAGUAACAAUUUGGAUCAAGUUAUAUUUACUCAAUGCAUUGAUUAACUCAGCAUAUAAUCUGUUAACUUAACAUCAAAACAGUUAAUGCUCAAUUGUUUAUCUAGUAAUAUUGAUAUAGAUAUCUAUGUAUUGUAUAUGUUACCUUUUUAACACACCCACAUUUCAAACACCAAAUCCAGCUGUGUUUGAAGUUGUCACAACCAACUGAUGAAGGGUGUCUACUUUAGCAAA